AACUUUGAAAUCGACUUUUCCUCUCUUCUUUUUUGCUUCCUUUAUUGGCAGCUAGGUAAUCUGAAAAAUUCUCUCAUGUCUCAUCAUCUACACUGCCUAUAUAUAUCCGCAUAUUCUCCCACACAUUUAUCUCACACUCGCAUUUAAAAUUCAACAACAACAAAAUUCCGAAACUCACUUUUUUGACAAAGCCCGCCAAAAAAAAAAAAAGAAAAAAGAAUAAGAAUGAGAUCAUUAGCUAGUGAGAAUCGCCAACUUUUGUCCAAGAUUGCAACCAACGACGGACAUGGCGAGAACACGCCUUAUUUCGAUGGCUGGAAGGCCUACGACCGAGACCCAUUUCACCUUACUAAAAAUCCCAGUGGUGUGAUCCAAAUGGGGCUCGCAGAAAACCAGCUUUGCUUCGACUUGAUUGAAGACUGGAUUAGGAAGAAUCCCAUAGCCUCUAUCUGCACAGCUGAAGGAGUGAAAGAUUUCAAGGACGUGGCAAUCUUUCAGGAUUAUCAUGGUUUUCCAGAGUUUAGAAAGGCGAUUGCGAAGUUCAUGUCAAAGGUGAGAGGUGGUCGGGUCACAUUCGAUCCGGACCGCAUAGUGAUGGGCGGAGGAGCCACCGGAGCAAACGAGAUCGUCAUGUUCUGCUUGGCUGACCCUGGCGACGCUUUUCUUGUUCCUACACCUUAUUAUCCAGCAUUUGUCAGAGACCUUGGAUGGAGAACAGGAGCACAAAUAGUGCCCGUUCACUGCGACAGUUCCAACAAUUUCCAAGUAACCAAACAAGCCUUAGAAGCAGCAUACGAGAAAGCCCAAAACGACAACAUUAACGUUAAAGGCCUCCUCAUAACAAACCCAUCAAACCCUCUCGGCACAACCCUAGACAGACAAACCUUGAAAACCCUAGUCAACUUUGUCAACGACAAGAACAUUCACUUGGUAUGCGACGAGAUCUACGCUGCCACGGUGUUCGACUAUCCGAGCUACGUCGGCGUUACCGAAGUCGUCGAAGAAGUCGAAAACUGCAACAAAGAUCUCAUCCACAUCGUCUACAGCUUGUCCAAAGACAUGGGACUUCCCGGUUUUCGUGUCGGAAUAGUCUACUCUUAUAAUGACGCCGUCGUUAGCUGCGGCCGAAAGAUGUCGAGCUUUGGAUUAGUUUCCUCGCAGACUCAGCGUCUUCUCGCCUCCAUGCUCGACGACGACGUCUUUGUUUCGAACUUUUUGUCGGAAAGCUCGAAGAGACUGAAGAAGAGGUAUGAGAACUUUACCAAAGGGCUUGAAGAAGUGGGGAUCACUUGCCUCAAGAGCAAUGCCGGAUUGUUCUUCUGGAUGAAUCUCCAAAGACUCCUAAAAGAGCAGACAUUCGAAGGCGAAAUGGCGCUGUGGCUGGUGAUCAUCAAUGAGGUCAAGCUCAACGUGUCCCCAGGGUCUUCUUUCCAAUGUUCCGAGCCUGGGUGGUUCAGGGUUUGCUUUGCCAACAUGGAGGAGGAGACCGUAAACGUGGCACUUGAGAGGAUUAGGUCUUUCGUCGGGAAAGAAGCGAAGCAAGCGGCAGUGCCGCCGGUGGCAAAGGCGAAGCGCAAUUGGCGGAAUAAUGGCAAUUUGAGGCUUAGCUUCAAUUCAAGGAGACAUGAACAAGAGGGAGGUUUUAUGUCGGCAGCUCAUAUGUUGUCUCCUCAUUCACCUAUGCCUCAAUCUCCUCUUCUUCGUGCAAGAACUUGAGGGGUUUUUGCUGUCAUAUUUGGCCCAUAUAUAUAUAUAUAUAUGUUAUCGUUAAUUUGACUAUACCAAAUAGAAUUGUUAAAUGAAAUAAGGUUUGGUAUAGAUAGGUUAUAUAAUCAUUCGUUAUUCGUCUUUUAACGUAUAAUUCUGGUUCAAGUAGCUAGCUGGAUGGAUAUCUUUUUCUCCCAUGUUUUUGGAUGCUAAGAAAAGCUAUAGCUUUUUUUUUUUUUUU